AGCAAAGCUCAAGCAAAGCUUGAGCUGAGCUUUCUGAUCCCAUUUUACUGAAAACUAUAAGCAAUGUAUUCUAUAUAUUCAUAUGCCAUAGACACUUUCCUCUACCUCUUCCAGUCAAAGUCCCCAGAAGCCUGCAAUGUGUCGUCCCUAAAAGGAGAAACAAAGAAUUCACAAGACAGCACGGACCCAGGAGACAGAAAACAUGACCAUUCCUCUUCCUCUACGGCUGACGGAGUGAUAAAGAAGGAAGAAUAUGAAGAGAUUGUCCAGGAGAAUCCUGCAGGAGCACUGUGUCAGGAUCCUAAACAAGACGUUAUAGGAGGUCUGGGGAAGGCCCCACCGAGCCCCCGGAGAUUGAGGCUCCUCCUAGUGGGGAAAGCCGGCAACGGGAAGAGCGCGACGGGAAACAGCAUCCUGGGCAGGAAAGAGUUCCAGUCUAAACUCAGCGCUCAACCGGUGACCCGGGCCCUGCAGAGGGCCAGCCGCGACUGGGCCGGCCUGGAGCUCGAGGUGAUCGACACCCCCGACAUCCUGUCCCCGUGUGCCCCGCUGGAGGCCGUGUGCGAGGCGGUCGUCUUUUCCGCCCCCGGGCCGCACGCGGUGCUGCUGGUGACGCAGCUGGGCCGCUACACGGAAGAGGACCGGCGGGCGGUGCGGCGCCUCCAGGAGGCCUUCGGGAUGGGCGUGCUGGCCCACACGGUGCUGGUGUUCACGCGCAAGGAGGACCUGGACGGGGGCUCCUUGGAGCAGUACGUGCGGGAGACCGACAACGAGCCCCUGGCCCGGCUGGACCGGCAGUGCUCACGGCGCCACUGCGCCUUCAACAACGCGACGGGCGGCGCGGAGCAGGAAGCGCAGCUGCGGGAGCUCCUGGGGCAGAUCAACUGCAUCCUGUGGGAGAACAACCACCGGCACUUCAGCAACCGCGCCUACCGCUACUGUCAGCGGAACGGUCUGCGCGGAGACGGCCAGGAGAAGCAGGUGCCCGGGGGGAGCGGCUCAGAGGAGGCGCCCGGCGCGGAGCCCUGGCGGGAGGGUCUGUGCCAGAUCCAGAAGGAAUCGGAGGAAGUUUACAGACGUCUGCUGAAGAGGGAGCCCAUUGGUGAAACCUCUGGUGUCUGUCCUCAGAGGAUGCAGCCUGGGCCUGCACAGUCCCAGGAGUUAAAUGAAACACCAUCAAAAGGGAGCCAGGCAGCAGUUACCACCGUCUUACAGACAGCCGUCUUUAUCCUGAGUCCCGCUGUCCUACUAAUUGCAGAUAUGGUGAACUUGCAGAGGCCGCCCCGAAAGCCGCCCGAGAGCCGCCCCGAAAGCCGCCCGAGAGCCACGGGCCCCCGAGAGCCUCCUGCCGCCGCGUCCCCGCCGCCGCGAGAGCCGACGUCGAGCACGCAGCCCGCAGCGCCGCUCCCGAAGAGAAUGGAAGGGCUUCAGAGAAGCAGAUAUGGAACUAUGACUGAAGGCAGAGGGGAAGAUAACUGGUUUGCAACAUCGUCCUCACUGAGGAUCAUCCUGGUGGGCAAGACAGGCAGCGGGAAGAGUGCCACAGGGAACAGCAUCCUCUGCCAGCCAGUGUUCGAGUCCAAGCUGAGGAGCCAGCCUGUGACCAGAAAGUGCCAGGCAGAGACAGGGACCUGGGAUGGAAGGAACAUCCUGGUGGUUGACACACCCCCCAUCUUCGAGGCAGGGGCUCAGACCCAGGACACGUACAAGGACAUCGGGGACUGCUACCUGCUCUCUGCCCCGGGGCCCCACGUGCUGCUGCUGGUGACCCAGCUGGGGCGCUUCACCGCCCAGGACACCGUGGCGGUGAGGAGGGUGAUGGAGAUCUUCGGGGAAGAAGCCAUGAAACACAUGGUGGUCCUCUUCACCCACAAGGAGGACUUGAUGGGCGAGUCCUUGGACAAUUACGUCGCCAACACAGACAACCAUAGCCUGAGGAGCGUGGUCCAGGAGUGCAGCAAGAGAUACUGCGCCUUCAACAACAAGGCCACCGGGGAGGAGCAGAGGGAGCAGCGGGCCCAGCUGAUGGCCGUGGUCGAGAGGCUGGAGAGGGAGAGCCAGGGCGCCUUCCACACCAACAGCCUCUUCUUUGAAGCCCAGAUGCUGCUGCAAGACAGGGGCAGUGCCCACGGGGAAGAGCACAGGUGCUUCCUGACCAAGGUGCAGGAGUAUGUGGAAAAGCAGCAGCGAGCCCUGAAAGAGAGAGGCAGUAACUGGGCCUCCAGGGUGCUCCUCAGAGUCAAAACCUGGGUGUUUUCUAACCCUGGGAUAUCUGCCUUCCUUGUUAUAUGCUUUCUGAUUUUUCUUGCCGUUUUAAUUAACUUGUGUAUUACUCAUGCACACUGAGCGUUUUCAGAUGAUUUCUGCAGUCAGCUAUAUUAUUUUUUGAGUCCCCGUCUCUGUCUGUGUCAGAUUCUUUAUAUGCCUUUUUACAUAAUUUCACUUCAGUUUCUCUUCCUGGCAUUAGACAUGCCACCUUUUCUUUUCUUUUCAAGUGCUUUUAGGUAAAUAAAAUCCAAAGGAAAAAAAA